AAGUCACACCUUGGGUGCUAUUUUUGAGCUAUGCCUUCUUGCUCGCGCACUAUAUAAGCUGGGUGUAACAUACUUAAAAGAAGCAAACCAAAUUAGAAAACCCUACAAAAAGACCAAAAAAAACAAAACCCCUAGAGUCAAAAAAAUCAAAAGAAAAAAAGACAUUGUUUUAUCAAAAUGGCAAGAACCAAUGCGAAGAAAAAGAUGAACAAGAUAGUGAAUUUGAAAAUUGUGGUGGAAAAGUUACAAAGGAGUCUUUCAAUGGUGAGGAGAUUGGCACCCGAAUUCGAUAACAAUAAGCAUCAGCAUAACCAACAAGAUCAAAACGACUCCUCGCAUAGCGUGCCAGAGGACGUUAAGGAAGGGCAUUUUGCUGUGAUUGCUGUGGAUGAGGAUGAAUUGAAGAGAUUUGUGGUGCCAUUGAAAUGCUUAACACACCCUUCAUUCUUGAAGCUCUUGGAACAAGCUGCUGAGGAGUAUGGUUUUGAUCAUGACGGUGCACUUACAGUGCCAUGCAGGCCAAGUAAAUUUGAGGGAAUUUUGGCUCAUGAACAAUGGCUUGAAGGGAAUAAGAUGGAUCAAUCAAGAUUUGAUGAUAAUGGUGUUAAUUGGAGUUCAAGUAUGGUGAAAAGUUGUUAAAAUAAUGGAGCAGAGAAAAAAACAAGCUAAGAAAAUUUAAUUAGCUUAAGUUUGCUUCUUCACUCCCAUGAAACUUGGAUUAACUAAUCUUAUUGAGUCUCUAUUCAAGUUAAGCGACAGCGUUAAUUGGUUUUCUCAUCUUAUCAUCCUAAAUUAGA